AUGUGCUACAGAUCAUUAGGAAUUAAGAUAGGAUAUCUUAGUGAGCGUAUCCUUUGGGGCGAGAAGUUUGGGGAAGUUCGAGGAAGUUUGAGGAAGUUCGAGGAAGUUUGGGGAAGUUCGAGGAAGUUUGGGGAAGUUCGAGGAAGUUUGGGAAGUUCGAGGAAGUUUGGGGAAGUUCGAGGAAGUCUGGGAAGUUCGAGGAAGUUCGGGGAAGUUCGAGGAGGUUUGGGAAGUUCGGAGAAGUUUGGGGAAUUUCGAGGAAGUUUGGAAUAUUCCGAGGAAUAUUCGAGUUCGAGGAAGUUUGGGAAGUUCGAGGAAGUUCAAGGAAGUUUGGGGAAGUUCGAGGAAGUUUGGGGAAGUUCGAGGAAGUUUGGGAAGUUCGAGGAAGUUUUGGGAAGUUCGAGGAAGUUUGGGGAAGUUCGAGGAAGUUUGAGGAAGUCCGAGGAAGUUUGGGGAAGUUCGAGGAAGUUUGGGGAAGUUCGAGGAAGUUUGGGAAGUUCGAGGAAGUUUGGGGAAGUUCGAGGAAGUCUGGGAAGUUCGAGGAAGUUCGGGGAAGUUCGAGGAGGUUUGGGAAGUUCGGAGAAGUUUGGGGAAUUUCGAGGAAGUUUGGAAUAUUCCGAGGAAUAUUCGAGGUAG